AUGCUCUUAUCUCUCCUCGAACGAAUCUCAUCUAGGGCUGAAUAUGGUUCUAUACGCGCUUCCGGAUUCGACAUGCGAAACAAACAAAAAUUUGCAUUCAUCCGUUCCUGCUUCGGCUGGACCUCACCAGAGUCCAGACAAAAUGUUCAUCCAGCCCAGACGCUGAUAUUAGGCGCUCGUCUUCUUAUUCGUGGAAAGGUGGAAUGGCUUGUAUCAUCUGUCGCAGGCGCUUCAGUGCCCAACGGAGACAACUUCGGUCUCUUGAAUGCUUGGAAGCUGGCGUCUAACGAGCGCUUAUCAAUAUCAUAUGCAAGUUCAUACAACUCACUGCAGUAUGCCAACUGUUCAAAUGCAGCCUGCUUUCCAACCAAUCUUGGCUGCUCUUUGGUUGCGAGUUUUGGUUCGAGGCGCUUGGGUCGUUUGCGGAUGAACUAUGCCAAAGAUCCGUUAAAGAGCUGGUUUACGGGUGGUGGAUAGCUAUGGUCUGGUUAAAUUCAAUACUGUGGAAGUAUUCUGCCAUGCAUGUGCUAUACCACUUGCGCGUGACGUUUUGGAGUCCUUCACAGAACAAAACCUGGGUGAUAUGGAACUAAGCGCUCAUCCCUGAUGUAUGCAAGUCUCGCAGAAUACUGAUGUCCGUGAAAAUGCAAACACCCGGUUGCGCCCUGCUACUACGUAUUCUGCCUUCUGAGGAGGAUAAUUUUGUGUUGGGACGCUGGUAAAGAAGAUCGUACGGUAUUGGUCAAACAGCGGGAAGCUGUGCUAUGUCAAAUCAGACGUUCUCGCCGCUAUUAGGCGUCGCAGUUACCUGCCUUGAGUUCACGUACCUCUGUAUCGUGUGCGUAUAUCGGUAGAGGUUGAUGCACUCUUGUGUAUUGCUAACAUUACAAAUACCCCGUACUUACAUGUGUUUAAGCUCUUAGUAGAAAGGCUGUAUCGCGUAAAGCUAGGGUAUUCGAAUACCCAAUGGUAUCCGAUGUCACGCUAGGCUUAGCCUCUGUUUUAUUCGGACAGGAAAGGGCCAUUCUGCACAACGGACAUUGGACUUAGCUAGUGAAAUCGGAACGGAGACGGAUUCGAUGCGUGAGGCGCUGAAGUGGCGUUUAGCUCGCAACCAACCACUGUGUUGUCCCUGCAGACAAGCCUGUAAGGUGCCAGACAGGAUACGUCUCAUCUC